UACAAAAUCCAAAUUUCAAAUCUCCCUCUUUGAUUUCAAAACCCUCCCAAUUUCCCAAUUAUCCCUGUUCUAUAAAACCCUACAUCAUUGCCUUCAAUUCUCAUCAACAAUUAAAGUUCUCCAAAUUCCUCUCAUAACCACUUUAAUUCUAAUCAAACCCAGAAGACUUCUUAAAUUUCCCUCUAAAAAUCUCAAUAUUUUCCUAAAAUUCUCUAAUUUCUUCAAAAAACAAAACCCUAAAAAUGCCGGCAUUCAUUGAAGAAACCGACCCACUUCUCACAGAAAACCCAGACAGAUUCUGUAUGUUUCCGAUUCAAUACCCUCAAAUCUGGGAAAUGUACAAGAAAGCUGAAGCGUCCUUCUGGACGGCAGAAGAAGUUGAUCUUUCACAAGAUCUACGUCACUGGGAAACAUCUCUAACUUCCGAUGAACAACAUUUCAUUACCCACGUUCUUGCUUUCUUUGCUGCUUCUGAUGGUAUUGUUCUUGAAAACCUUGCUAAUCGUUUCAUGAAAGAGAUUCAAGUCUCUGAAGCCCGUGCGUUUUACGGCUUCCAAAUCGCCAUUGAAAACAUCCAUUCCGAAAUGUAUUCUCUCCUCUUAGAAACCUACAUAAAAGACUCUGCUCAAAAAACACGAUUAUUCCGUGCAAUUGAAACCAUUCCUUGUGUGAAGAAGAAAGCCGACUGGGCUUUAAGAUGGAUUGAUGGUGCCGAAUCUUUCGCAGAAAGAUUAAUUGCUUUCGCUUGUGUUGAAGGGAUUUUCUUCUCCGGAAGUUUCUGCUCGAUUUUCUGGCUUAAAAAACGUGGGUUAAUGCCCGGAUUAACAUUUUCAAACGAAUUAAUCUCACGAGAUGAAGGGCUUCAUUGCGAUUUCGCUUGUUUACUCUACACCCUUCUGAAGAAGAAGCUUACCCAAGAGAAGAUUCAAGGGAUCGUGAAAGAUGCAGUUGAAAUCGAAAGGGAAUUCGUCUGUGAUGCACUACCAGUCGCAUUAGUAGGUAUGAACUGUGAUUUAAUGAGUCAAUACAUUGAAUUUGUUGCUGAUAGAUUGUUGGGUGCACUUGGAUGUGAGAAAGUUUAUGGUGUUGCAAAUCCUUUUGAUUGGAUGGAAUUGAUUUCAUUACAAGGGAAAACAAAUUUCUUUGAGAAGAGAGUUGGGGAGUAUCAAAAAGCUUCUGUUAUGUCUAGCUUGAAUGGCAAUGGUGGAAUCCAUGAGUUCAAGAUGGAUGAAGAUUUUUAGGAAGUUAUAGAAAUAUUAUGAUUUUAGUUCAAUUUGUUGUUAUUUUUCUUUUGUUAUUAUGGUAAGAUUAUGAAUCAUGUAUUGUUAGUUUCUACUAAUUGGAUACUUAUGAUAUUAUGUAAAAUAUGUAGUUAUGCUUGUAAUAAUUUGAAGUUAAAUGCAAUUUUAGUUGCUCUUCA